AUGUCUUACUGGAAGUCUCGCAGUGAUUGCCUUGAACGAAUAGAAUAUAUGGUUGAAAAGAUUGACUCGUUGCUUGCGGGUUUCCUACGAGGCCGACCAUACGCAGCGUGUCCACCUCUGAUUGAUUCUCUUUCGCCCCACUCCGAGGCAUCAGUCCUGGGGGCCGACUACUCCCAUACAUUGAUGAUGAAGUACGUACGUCGCGUUCAAUCCGAGUCCUCCCUGGAGCCACCUUUUAUUCACAAAGGUCAACCAAAUGACUGGACACGAAAGCGUUUUGAACAACGCCAGGCGCAGCCGCCUUGUCCAAUUUCAGUUCAUCCCGCAAAACAGGAACAGUGUGAGAAGCUGGCCGAUCAGAAUAGUGAACUACAAAAGAUUCUGCGUGAGCAAGAAGAACAAAUCGAAAGCUUACAGAGUACUGUCAGGAAUUUGCUUGACGAAAACAAUUCGCUAAUGUCCAUUGUCGGAGAGAGAAUAAAAGAGUCUGUCUCCCUGCGCUUGAAAACCAUUUCCCUGGAUCACGAUUUGGAAACUGCUCUUAACGACAAGACAAGUAUGUCUCAUACCAUCAAUGAGCUUCAAGCUCAAGUCUCCGAGCUCAACCAACUACCAAGGGCUACUACACCUAGAGCCAUUAUUGUUACCAAGAUGUUGGAGAUUCUAAACAAGGCUUCUCAGCCUUCGGGCACGAAGGGUCUUUGUGUUUCUUUGAUAUCUUUUGACAAUUGUCCGGGUGCCAAUCUUAGAAGCACACUUGACACUUUACUGAGGACUGAUGAAGCUCAAACACUAUUUUCCACCUUUGAUACGUGGUUCGGUGUACAAGCAUUGCAGUCGAUCACACUCGCCACCUGCUGCGUGUGCAGGAAAGUAAAGUUCAGACAAACUGUUGGCGGUACCGGGGCCGCGCCUCUUAAUGAAUUCAUCACAGCCGGUCCGACGAUUUCAUGUGAUAAAGCAGUGUGCGCGGCAUGCUAUCUGGACUCAAUUUCAUACUCCUUGGAGCUGCUCCAGGAGACAUGGUGGACAGCUCAAGGGUCAGCGAUCUCCUUUUUAUGUCCUUGUGGCAGUCACUGUGACAGAAUCUCUUUACAGAAUCGCCAACAGCUACUCCAGUUACUGAAUUUGAUGAAUGACGACUGGCUUAAGGUUAGGAAGAUGAAAAUGAUAACCAUUUUGAAGAAUAUUAACCCGGAACCGACAUCUGGUGCUCGAAAGUUAGCAGCACGCAUGCACCAGAAGAUGAUGGCCAACGGCUUCAUGAGGUAUCCAUUCGACAUGGACUAUCAGGACCUGUAUCGUGCCGGAGCCGGCUCCCCCCUCAAGGCAAACUCCCGGGUUGUUCAAAUCUAUAAUGUCGAGCACGCUGGAGAAACCUUCUCGACCCCCAUUUUUACUCGAUUUUUGCGGACUGAGAGUCAACCGACUGAUUGUGUGAUAUGCACCGAAACAAUUUGUGAAGUCUCCUAUCGCUCUAUCGAAGAGUGGACAAAAUCCAACUGCAACAAUUCGGGAGAAGCGCAUGCGACAACAUCGCAUGUCCAUCCGUGGGCUGUCAACGCCUACUUACGUAUGAAGAAUUACGGUUUUAUGGAAGGUCAUGUCGUUUGCGCUGACUGCGACUUUGAAAUGUGUUUUACUCAUCAAGUGAAUUGGCACGAGGGAUUGUCAUGCGAACAAUAUGACAGUUUGAAAGAAACGGGAGAUCCAGAGUUUCAACAGACACAGGAGUGGAUCACGAACAAUACAAAGCCAUGCCCUGAAUGUAAUAUUCAAGUACAAAAAGGCAACGGCUGCUUUCACAUGACAUGCAGACUGUGUGGCCACGAGUUUUGUUGGGAGUGUCUUGCUAGCUGGAGGAAUAUCAAGCCAGGAUCUGGAGUUUACAAUCGCUCGGCUCACAACGAUGGAUGCUAUUUCAAGACCAGCAAUCAAGAGCCUACACAGGUAAACGGAACUAGUAUUGCCGAAACCGCAUAA